CCUGGGACCUGUUGCUCAGCUGCGGCAGUACUGCGGAAAGAGGACUCCUGUGUUGGAUUUAAAGGAUGCUAGUCUUUAUCUUCUAUUGCUAUGGACAUACCUGAUGUACUGAAGACCUGCUACUUCGUAAACAGACUAUAACCAAACCGGAUGAAAACACUACAACAAAAAGUGGACGCCACAAGUCACUGUGUCUUUAAUCUCAAUCGGCAAUUCAUACACUUGUGCUUGUCUGAUUAGUACAUUGGCAAUGGGCAGAUGCUGCAAAUGCUGCAGAUGCAACAGUAGACUGCUGUGCAUGUGCCUGCUGCCAUGCAUGAUGACCGCCCACCUUCUGCUUUAUAUCGUGGUGUCCAUAUUGGUGACCAUCUCCUACAGUCCUCCAAAAAUAAACGUUCACUAUAUUGCCUCUGGGAUUUCUUCUAACUCUUCUGUGCUGGCCUCUCACCCACUUGGCCCUUUCUGGAACCUUCGUCUGGAGGACAGUGCACUGUGGAACCAGUUGCAGCAUUCUUGGGACCGCCAACACAACCCAAUACUGCGUGGAAAGAAUACGGGGAUCAUGAGUGCUAAGCUAUUAGCAGAAAUCGAAGAUGAAUGUCUUUCUGACUGCAUGUCCCACAAGUGUUCUGCUCCUCGUUUGCAUGAUUUAAACAGUUUCCCAGAACAAAUAAGGGUGUUUGUACAGUCAAUGCACUGUAGGGAGUAUCCUCUCCUUAUCAAUCAACCUGGUAUAUGUGAGAAGAACAUUAGCAGCCCUGGACCCAUGCUUCUCAUGGCCAUCAAAUCUCAAGUGGGGAACUUUCAAAACAGGCAGGCCAUCCGGGAAACCUGGGGACGCAGUGGUUUUGUCGAGGGGGAAUCAACUAAGAAUGGUGGAGUGGUGCGCACAGUGUUUCUGCUGGGAAGGCAGGACUCAAGUACAGGUCCUCACCCAGACCUCAAAAAUCUUCUGGAGCUUGAGAACCAGAAAUAUGGGGAUAUCCUACAGUGGGAUUUCAAAGAUACGUUCUUUAACUUGACCCUAAAGGAUUUGCUGUUGUGGCAUUGGCUCCAGCAACAUUGCCCCAGUGCCAUGUUCGUGUUCAAAGGGGACGAUGAUGUCUUUGUUCGAACAAACGCCCUUCUGGAUUACCUGCACAAGCAGUGGGAGGAGCACAACCUGUGGAGAUCCUAUACAAAUGAGACUGAAAUGAAUUUGUUUGUUGGGGAGGUGAUCAAUUACGCGAUGCCAAACCGCGAGCCAUCCGCUAAGUACUACAUACCGGAACAGUUCUACAAAGGGGGGUACCCACCGUAUGCCGGUGGGGGAGGGGUGGUUUAUUCUGGUUCUCUUGCAUUAAGACUUAACGAGGUAUCUAAGAGGGUGCGCCUCUUCCCAAUAGACGAUGUGUAUCUAGGCAUGUGCAUGUACAGACUCGGCCUCUUGCCAAGCCAUCACCCAGGUUUUUUGACAUUCGACCUCCCUGAGAAAGACAGGUGGAAUCCCUGCGCUUACAGAUCUGUUCUGCUCGUUCACAGACGGAGUCCCAAACAGAUGCUGACCUUAUGGAAGAGGCUUCAGAGUCAGCAAGGUCGUUGCUGAGGCUCAUUUGCCUGCCAAAUAAGACUCAUUGAGGCCAGGAUGAAUGCUGCCACCACAUGCCUCUGCAAAAUGUACAUGUAACUCAAAAUAGGCAGUACCCAUGUUAUGGUCACAUUCAAUGAACCUUUCCCCCUAAGAGUUACGCAGCACUGAGGAGGAGACUGAUCUACCUCAAAGGUUACUUUUAUUUAUAACGAUUCACAAUAAGUGCGCGGUCAUGCCACUUUCACUACAUGUAUUUGUACCCGUUUCAAUUUAAACGCUUUCAUUUACUACUCAAUAAAUAAGACUUAAUAUCUUUACAUAUUGUUUCAGAAUGUUUAAAGUGAAUACUUGUGACAUACUCUGUGACAUCUUCACUGGUCAACAUGAAUUCAUUCAUGUUUUAUUUGUUCAAAGUAGGAGUACAUUUUAAAAUGUCUCACAUCCACUUUGCCCAAAGUUGAAAUGAAACAAACCCUUAUUUAUAACUUUUAAAAUGCUGUUUGACUUUUACCAUUUUAAAAAUUAUUAUAUUAUAUGUUGUUUAACAAUAAAGGGUAAGUUCACUUCGGACAUUACUUAUUUUUUACUUUGUAUUUAAAAUGAUGUUAUAAUAUGAUAUGACUGACUGUUAUGUAAAGAUUAAGUCUUUGAUUUGGUAUGUAUGGAGGUGUCACAUGAGAUGAACACCAACAACAAUGAUGCUAUUUACUGCUGUCUUCAAGGUUAAUGUUCUUUAUUAAAUAUGAUUAAUAAUUUGUGUUGUUUACGAUGUUUGAAUUAAAGUAUAU